UUGUUGAAGACUUUUUUGACUUAAAAUUUCAUUGUGCACCGCAGAACAGAAGAUAAUUGAAACUUUACAGCUAUUUGUAGACGGCUAAAGCACCAUGACUAUGAAUAAGUUGGAUGCCACAUUGGAUGACGUGCAGAACACGCGUUUCGGGAAUAUCUAUCACGAUCUGAUCAAGCAAAUGGCGAAGACGACGCAAUUCACAGAGGGUGAAGUGAGCAGCAUUUUAAUGGUCUAUCACAAAUUCGUUUUGGCCAACGGUUCCAAGGCGAAGCAUAUGACAAAGAAACAGUUCUUCCAUCUUUUCCUGGUUUUGUUCAAAAUCUUCGAUUUGCAAAUAAUCGAACGCAUACUCUUACACAUAACUUUGGAUAUGAAAAAGGAGGUAGACGCUGUUGCUUGGGUGCGCCUCUUCUCCGUCUUUAUGACCAACAAAUUGGAUCAGAAGAUCAAAUUCACUUUUCAAAUUUACAAUAUCCAUGGUAACGGGUUUUUGAAUCGUGAAAUUGUGCAACAUGCGGUCGAAAAGUUUUUCGUAGGGGAAGACGAGGACGAAGUGAACGAGCUGCGGUCGGAUAUGGUGGAUUUGUUGUUCAAGAAAUUCGAUGUCGACAAGGAUGGUGUGAUAUCGUUUGAUGACUAUUCGCAGGUUGUCAUGAAACAACCGAUGUUGCUCGAGUUUCUAGGACAAUGCUUUCCGUCCAUAAUUGGCACAACGGUAAUUGCUCUCUGUGCGAACAUAAUGUCCAAGGUAAACUUUGAUAAACCGUGUUCAUAA